ACGAGUCUGACGGCCAUGAUAAAAAAGUUAAUUGUCAACAUGUCGGACAAUGAAGAUUUGUUAGGUGACGAUUUAGGCGAUCACAGCCUUGCAGACUACAACCUUGGCAAUGAGGAGGAGGAUCAGCUUUUGGCUGACGACUAUGACAGUGGAGCGUCACAAAAUGUCCCUACUUCUGUCCAUUCUCUUCCUGCUUAUUCCGAAUCAGUUGAUACGACGCCUUCGGAGUACCCUAGACAUGAAGUCCAGUAUAACACCCAGAGAAUACACUACCAUUUGCAACCAGACACAGAAUGUGUGGUUCCCAACAUAACGGUGGAGGUGCCGAAUCAAGCAGAGCGCUCAACGUAUGCUCCGUAUGAGCCUCCACCUGUCUUCCAACCGGAGCAUACGGUACCACCAGCUAUUCCUGCAUCACCUAUGGAAGCACCUCAGCUCGUACCAACGGAGAUGUCUACUUCAGUAACCAAUGGCGAUAUGGGUCGGGAACGUUUCGUAUCGGAACGACCACCCGGCGCACAACGCACGCCACAGAUUAGGGAUAUACCCGACUCAUUAGACAAGGUGGUGGUCCCGCGCGGAGGCUUCGGCCCGCGCGGCCGCACGGUGUGGCGCAACCCGCACUACCAGCGACACACGCACUACCGGCGGAACAACGUGCACAGGGGCAACUUCAACAAUCGGCCACAGUUUCCCCUACCACAGAAGAUACGUCCAAACUCCCCUCAAGUACGGCCGGAUAUCCGACCAAACCAGCCCCAAAUCAGACCGGAUAUGCGGUUGAACCAGCCUCAAAUGCGGCCUGAGAUACCACCCAACAUACCUCCUGAAAUCCCACUAAACAUCCGACCGGAGUUACUACCAGAAAUUCGUCCGGAUUUACCGGAAUUACUGCCUGAUUCCCGUCCGGAUAUUCCUAUCCGGCCGGAGUUCCACCCGGAAAUGCGUCCGGACUUGCCCUUAGGUCCGGAUAUGCCUCCAGAAGGUCUGAUGCCGAGUGUUCCUAUGGAGCUUCCGUUUAGGCCUAUGCUAAGGCCCGACUUCCCCCGCUUCCCAGGUCAAUUUCGACCCAAUAUGGAUGAGCCGAGGCCUUUUAACCCGAAUCUUCGACCAAACUUUGAGCCGUUCCCAUAUCAGAGGCCUUUCAGACCCUUUCCUCCUAUGAGAGAGGUUACCCCUAACUUAAAUCAUAUUCCCCAAGUCACUAUAAGGCAUGCAAUCCCUCCCAACCCUAUGGGAAUGCCUCCGAAGCAAGAAGUGAGGAUGUUACCAGUGCAGUUACCUCCCAACUUGCCUCCGGGAGGGUUGCAAGGGAAGAAGGUCCUCAUCAACCCUCAUUUCAAAGGAAACUUCCAGCCUCCUGUUGAAGGGCUGACAAUCCCUGCCUACAUACCAACGCGGAUCGCGAAGUCUCCGCCGCUUAGUCCGACGUUGGAGAACAAAUUCGGUCCGGUUAAAGACAUAGACGACGCAGCGGAGAGAUUCAUAGCCGAACAAAGGAACGCGCUUGCCCGAGCUGCUAAUAGGAAGUUCGUCGCUCGCCGGUCACCACAGAGGUUUAUAGAGAACACAACAAUAGAGAUAGAGAACGAGUUAGCCGCGCCGGUGCGCCGGCGCAGCGACGACGAUGAUCUAUUAAGACGACAGGAGGAGUUCAUUAAUGCCAACAGAGCGGGGCUUAGACGCAGAAUGCGUUCACCCACUCCACCGAGACGUUCGUUGUCUCCAAGACGAAGCCCCGAGCGAACCAGACCUCGGGUGGAAACAUCACGCCCCCCGCCUGAUGAGGAGAGCGAGUACCGUCGGCGCAUGCGCGAACAAGAAGCGCUGCGCGAGCGCGUCAUGCGAGCCAAGGAAGCGCGGCGCAGGAAGAAUGCAGCCGCCAGCAAGAUGGCCACGGACAGGGACCGCGAGCGACUUGACAAAGAAAAAGAGAAAGAUAAAGAGCCAGCGAAAGAAGUGGCGCCUGUUGCUACAUCGCCUGUGAACACUCCUGCGCCGGACACCACUAGGACAUCACCGGACACCGAACCCGCCGCAGAGCCCGCGAAGGACGACCAGGUUAAUUCCACGUGUGAAAACCUAACCCCCCCUCGCUCGGACUCCCCCGAGCGGGCCCUGACCCCCCCACUACCGGAAAAAGAAGAGAAGAAGACUGACAGCGAUGAUGACCUGGACCUGAUACUGGGAGACAUCGACGGCAUCCUCUCCGAUGACGAUGACAGCGGACGGUUCAAGGAGAAGGCUAAGAAGGAGGAGCCUCCCAAGCCGGUCACCAAGCCAGCCAAGCCGCAACCAGCCGCCGACCUGCGCUCCAAGCUGCCUCCCAAGCCGGAUAAGAAGCCGCGGCAGAAGAUCGUCUUCCACGAGGACAGGGGCGACACCAAGCGGAAAGAAAAGUCCCCGCCACGCAGAACUGUAGUGACCAGCUCCACAAAGACUGAAGAGGUUGAAGAGAAAAAACCGGUUAAGACAAAGGAGAAACUGGUUGACAACACGUCAGCGAAGGACAAUAAAAUGCGGCAAAGAAUCACCUUCGAUAAUAAAAAAAAGGCGGAUAAAGAGAAAGACGAGCCCAAGCCACAAUUCUCGAACCGCCGCGUGAUCCUGCAGCGGAAAAUCUCGAACCAGGCCAACGAGAAAUCCGUCUCGUCGGUUUUUACCCGGAUCGAGGUUAAGACCGACCCGACCAAGCCUAACCCGGGCAUAUUCUCCCGGGCGGUAAGGACUGCUAUUGGGACGGAUAAGAAUCGCCUCGUUGUGAAAAAGGACGAACCCCAGAUAGAAUAUGAAUCCGGGUCGGACUUAGAUGAAGAUAUGCUGCUAGAAGAAGAAGUUGGGAAUAUUGCUGUGGUGAGCAACUUGCCACACGGGAUGACAGAUACGAGGUUGAAGACCCUAGCGGGAACUGAUGUGCAGAACAUAAAUUUGGAUAAAGAAGAGCGCAGUGCGAAGCUAACAUUCAAAACGACGGUUGCGGCUGAAACCUUCAAGAAGAAAUUCAACAACAAAAUGGUCGCCGCCAGCAGAUUGACUGUUGUUUUGCGCUAACAACAAAAAAGCUGUUGUAUCCCGCAACAACAAUAUUGUUGUAUAACAACAGGCUACUAUUGUACUCCGUAACAACAGAAUAGUGACAGCGCUUUUGUUGAUAAAGGAGUGUAUAAGUUUUAUUUAAACUUGCAUUUAGUUCGGAUUGUAAAAAAAAACUAUGUUAUAUGUAUUACAAAUUGCUUGGCAAAAGAGUAGAAAGUUUUAAUAAAAUGAACUUCAUGGCUGGCGAUGAUCAAUGAAGAUUAAUUCAAUAAUACUAAUAUUACAUGAAGAGUUUUAACUUCUUCUAUUUUGUCAGACUGUUGUUAAUAUUUUAUAACAACAAUUUAUUAAAUAAACAACACAAAUAUGCAAUUAUAAAGGCUUAAAAGAUUUGUAACGCUAAUAAAUGAUAAUUAGAACCAAAAGUAUAUUUAAUUUGGUAGCAUUUUAAAAUUAUGUAGCAUAAUUUACUUAUGUUACUUUGUUGUAAAUUGUAACUAACAUAAUUAAUAUGUACAAACAACAGUCGUGUUACAUAACACAACAGAAAAAACUUUACUUUCUACCAUUAUGUGUUUCCUUUUCUUUGCAUCUUUAUUGGCUCUUAUUAGAAGUAGAUAAAAUGUUAUCUCUUUUAUUUUAAGUUCAUAAAUACAAGGCGUACAUCUAUUUUAAUAUAAACAUAAACAAGCAUUGAAAGUGUGUAUAAGGAUUUGACUGCCAAACAAAGUUUUAUUGAGUUAUUUAUUAAAAAAAUUUGGCUGGUGAACUCUUUCACAUUCUGCCUUACCAAUAAGUAAACAAGCGGUGAACGGAGCGAAGCGGUGGUUAAGCAUUUGACUGCCAAGCAAAAUUGAAUCCAAUUAUCAAAUAAUUCGAUUGAACUUUGCUCGGCUGUUAAAUACACACGUUCACAGCUUGUUUAUUUUUAUUGGUAAGGCUGCGUUUCCAUUGACGCGGAGCUGUGCGGAGAUGAGCGGAGAUGUGCAGGAAUCGACCAAUCACCGUGAGGGAAAGAGUGACAGAGCGUCUUCGUUUUUCGCUCUCUGGAACGCUGUGAUUGGUCAAAUCCGCACAUCUCCGCUCUUCUCCGCCCAUCUCCGCGUCAGUGGAAACCCGGCCUAAAUCGGAUUCUGUUUAAGCUGCGAUUACUUUUGUAAUAUAUAAUUCAGUUUGAAACAGGUUUAACACUACUAUCCUGUAUGUUAAGUGCUAUUAGUAUCUAUUUUUAACAGAUUGUUUAGUAAUACUUAAAAUACUUUAAAACAAUUAUGUAUAUCAUGAAUUUAUAAAUUUAUGUCGUUUCAUCUCAGUGUGAAAAAAUGAUACCUAUUAUAUGGUAAAGUCUACUAUAGGGUCUAAAAUGUAAGUUCCAGAAUGGAUUGUCAAAAUUGCAUAUAUGUCAUCUGAUAAAGUGUACAUUUUAUAUAAGUUACGUUAUUUCCUUUCGGACUUCGGACGCUAUUUCUCAUCUCAGGCAUUAUACUAUUAUUUAAAAGACAUAAAAAUUGUUUUUAUUAAAUGCCAGAUAUUGAAGACUUUUAAAACAGUUACUGUUUUAAAAUUAUCAUGAUCUUUCGCUUAUUAGGUACAAAUGUUGUACGUAGAAAGUGUAUAUCAAAGUUUUAGUACUCGAAUGUUCUAUAAUCUAUUUUUUGUACACGUCUUAUUGUUGUAACAAAAAUGGCGCAGGCGAAUUUAAACAACAACAAUAUAGGGUUGACAAUACUUGAACGAAGUUAUGAAUAAUUAAAACACAUAAUAACGGGUUCUUACCGCGUUUAAAUGGGGAUAUGAGACUCCCGAUAUCCCCAUUUAAACGCGGUAAGAACCCGUUAUUAUGUGUUUUAAUUAUGAUAAUAACCGCGUAAACUUAAAACGAAGUUAUGAAUGUUAAUUUCCGCUAAUUCAAUAAUAAAUGAAGUGAAGCCUUUUCAGUUUGAGAGAAUAUAAAUAAGACGAAAUCAUUUUGCAUUUUCUUUAACUCUAAAUAUUAAAAAAUAACUUUAUAAUAUUAUAGUUACUUAAAUCUUUAUUGUAUGGAUUCAUGGACGAUUUGCAACGUAGUUUACUGACAAAAACUUGUAUGCUUUUUUCUAUAAGCAUGUUUAAUGCAUCGAUUUCCCAUAAGGCACAUACACUAGUUAUUACUUAUUACACUUACAUCAAUGAAUAGAAAUGGAACGAAAAAGUUCAUUUAAAUGCAUACAAUUAAAAAUAAACAAUAAACGUGUGUUUAAGUAAUUAACAGCCAAGCAAAAUUGAAUCCAAUAAUCAAAUAAUUCGAUUGAACGGUCACGAGCAUUAAUAUGUAUACACUUUGGUACCAUGUCACAUUAACUUUUUUGACAAUUUCAACUAAGUCUCACUAAAUGUCAAAUAUGUUAGUGCGACAGAGUCCUAAAGUGGGUACAUUAUAUUGCUCAAGACUGAACUUUGCUUGGCUCUCAAAUACACACGAUUACCGCUUAUUUUGUUAAUGGUAAGGCGGUAAGUAUUUUUAAGAAUUUAUCGCUUAGGUGCUUAAUACAUAUUCUUCUUUUAUAUACACUUGGGUAGCGAAGAGAUUCAAUAGUAAAGUGUUUUUUAUCAAUUGGAAAUAUUAACUAAUGUUGUCACUAAAAGUGACCGGUUGUUCAUUGGAAGUGACGGGUUUUACACUAAUAGCGAUAGUGACAGGUUACGAACCUGUACUAAAAGUGACCGGUUGCUCAUUGGAAGUGACGGGUUUUACACUAAUAGUUACAGUGACAGGUUACGAACCUGUCAUCUAUAGUCACGUUAAGACGCCUUAAUGAUGAUAGUCUGCUGCCUUUGACGGCUUAAUAAUAACCCCGCCACCAGUGUUGGUAGGUAAUAUCGGUCAUCAACCUAUUUAUAGAUUUCUCGAAAUUUUCUUCAUGUUUUUUUAUACUAUAAUACAAAAUUUCCUAAUGUAAACAACUAGGAUUUAUCUUUUCUUUAUUAUAUGACUAUCUUUUCACCUGCGACUUCGCCGGUUUAUAAGCUUAUAGCACACGGGGCUAAUGUAACUUUCUACCGGUGAAAGAAUUUUCAAAAACUGUUCAGUAGUUCCAGAGGUUACCCCCUACAAACAAACUCGCAAACUUACCCCUACAAACAAAAUUACAAACAUUACCCAUACAGGAAUUUCUUAUCGCUCAAGUGUAAACUUUAUAGAAGGAUAAAGUUAUAUACAUUUUACUGAUUCAUUUAAAGCGAAUUUAAUCCUAUCAUAACAAAAUAAGGUGCCUAUUCGGACGCAGACGAACUUAACCUAAUUUUACUUUGACUGUUCGUAGACUAGUGCCGUCCUUUACUUAAAGUAAGUCCAGGAAAGAGAUGGGGAUAGUUUUAGUCCAUUCAGAUGAAGUUGGUAGUUGCUCGAAUUAGCACCAUUAGUGCAACAAAACUUAAAUUAAUUCGGCCGUUUUAAAAAUAGUGCUGUCCUUCACCUACGAUAAGUGCAAAAAAGGGAUGGAGCUAGGUUUCGAACUAGGACACUAAAUUAAGAUUAAGUUUGUGGCGGCUAGAACAGGCGCCUAUUAUACUAGUUUGUACCAUCCUUGUGAUUGUAAAACUAUUUUAUAUGUCAUAAAAUCACUUAGAUUCUAAAGACCAUUGUUGAAUAGUUUUUGAUUUUUUGUUCUAUGUUCCAUCGCUGUAGUAAUUUUGGUCUACUACGUGUAAAAAAAACAUCCUGGAUGACUUGUUGUUUUUUAAAAAUGUUUUCGGUUAGGUACUGAAUUAUAAGGAUGUGUUUGAUGCCAUUUUUUUACUUUAUGUUAGAUAUAAAAUCUAUUGCAAUACUUAGUAGCGCUUUAGUUGGUAACUGUUCGUCGAGAACUGUCAAAAGUUGCCAGUUUUAGCCACUAGGUGUAUUUAUUCUUAAUUUUAGCGCCACUCGCUAUUAAAAAGCUUAGCUGUCAAAUGCUUUGAUGCUGUCAAAUUUUAUGUAAAAAACAAAAUGGCGAUGUUUCUUCAGAUUUAGAAUUUGACCAUUUUUUUUAUUGUAUCUAGAUUAGGUUCAAUCGUUCUAUGUUAUACUAGCGAAUAUUUAAAGCUAGCAACAUUUAUGUCGAAUAAAAAGUGUAUGGAAAAUGAAAUAUAUUGUUUAUUUACCACCUUAUAUGUGAUGUGUAAAAACUUGAAUAAAAUGAAAAGAAUUGUUGAAAAAAAUAUGUGUUUCAAUUGUAAAAUUAUGUUUGUACCCUGUAAAUAUUUGUAUAUAAACUAGUUUUAAGGUAUGUUUUGUUUUUAAUCGUUUAUCUUUUUGUGAUAACUAUACAAAUACGCUUUUAAAAAGUAUUCCUUUGAAUAUUAUUUUAAAAUCGUAACGGCUUAUAAGACUGAACGAACAACAAUCGUUGAAUAAAUAUUAUUUAAAUAAA